GAACAUUUUCAUGAAUGAACAAAUGUUAAACAUUUUCAAAUACAUGUACUGGAGAAUGUCAAACACAUAAAUCAUAUUUCCUGUUUAACUAAGGAGUUAAAAUAACUGGGAAGAGCCAAAAGCAACAAACGCAUCUUUCAAAUAUAGGCAAAGCCAAGUUAAAAUAAGUUUACACUACUUUGGGAGCACGCUUAAUCCACACACCAGAACACUUCUUGGUAUUGAACCAUUAAUAUAUACUACACUGUGCUCAAAAUAGCUGAUAUGUGUGCACAUAGGAUAUAGAGGAUACAAGAAGUCUUAAAACAACUGCUACAAAACCUUAACAGAGACUACAGGUAUUUUUACCUCAUGUUAGAGCACAUCCAUAGAUUAGCUCAAUGAUAGCCACAAAAAUCAUAUGCUAUCCUUCAAAGCAGGCGGAUAUCAGGUGUAGGAGUGCUUAAGCUUAUACAGAGGGUUACCUGUAUUUCAGCAGCAACACGGCUAAACACACCACACAGAAACUUUCGCUAACUUAACUUCUUGAUGUGGGGCGUAAAUCUGUAUCCAUGGAGAUAUAUUGAUACAGGGCCCAUCCAUUAAGAUACUGAGACUUUCGUUGGAGGAUAUCAAGAAGUUGUUGCUUGGUGCAGGAUAACAAGACAAUAAAGAUACAAAGGCCUUAUAUAGUCCCCAUAAACUUGGAGAAUCUUUUUGAACACAGAAACAGUUGCAUGGAUUAUUAGGUUGGGAGUCUGCUGAAAGAAACCAGAAUUUUGCCACUGAAUUAGAAAAAAGGUUUGAAGUGAUAGAACUCAGGUUAAUAUUAAUAACAGCUUUUGGGAUUCUCUACUGGAGUUUUGAAUAAUUUAUCAAUUUAUUCUUAAAGUUGUUACAGACCCUCUCAAUAAAGAAAAUACAUAUAGAAAAUAUACUUAUGAGCUCAUAAUCAUGCAGAUCUAUUUUGACUGUUUCAUGUCAGUGGGUUAGGGUUUACCCAUGUGGAACCACACUGACCAAAGGAGGAGAUCAGAACUACAUAGUGUAUAAUAACUACUUCACAAGCAAAACAGUUAUUAGAUCUUGCUGGGAACCAAUCUAGGACAUAAAUAGCAUUAAAACCACUGAAUUGGUUUGAGAUUUGACAUUUUUAUGAUUUCUACCAAGAUUUAGUGAGUUUAUAAGAAACUAUCUGCACAAAAGAAAGGGAAUUAUAACUGAUCGUGUGUAUUGAUGUACAAUGAGUCUUACUAGCUGAAAACAUGGGAAAAAUUCAAAUAUUUUGCUGUGGAUUUCAAAAUGAGUAGAGAUAUUUGUUUAAUACUUUAAGAUUGACUGGAUUUUAGAAAUAUUUUGGAUUUAGAAUGACUUGUAAAUAUCGGAAGAUUUUACAUUCGGCAAAGUAACACCUUUUUCAAACCAAAUGCGAAAGUUCAUUCAGUCCAUGAAACAAGAACAUAAAAUUAUCUGAGUUUUGGAGUUUAUCAGAAUUCCUUCAUAGGAAACACUUUGGAACACAUAGGAAAUAGUUGAUAAAAACUGCAAAAUACAUAGAACUCUAUACUUUUGGAGGCUGGAUACAAUAUACUUUUGACAUUUAUAGAUGGAAAGCUGCUGGUGAAAUUCAUCAACAGGAAUCUCAUAAAACCAAUAUAUGAGCCACUAAGUGCUUGCUGAAAUCAGACAGUUUACCAAAAUAUGGAAUCACCUUCCAAGUUAUAAAUAACCCAAGAUUUCUCUAUAAAGGUUAGUCAUAUUGAAGUGAAACUGAAUCAGGGCUCGCAUCUGGAUCCUUAAUCAAAGUGCUCUGGCUCAGAUUAUACAUUUGCUAGUGUUUUAUUUUCUUCCCAAAAUAUUCUUCUUCAAACAUUCAACAAACAUGGUGAAUUCAUCCCCCAGAUGCUGUGUUUAUCUCACAGGGGAUCAAAUACCUGUGUGAACUAGUAAAGGUAAUCUUAAUUGGGCGAUAACUGUUAAUUAGGUAACGUUAAGUCCUGGAAUCAGACUCUAUGGGACUAGAUCUAAGGUCUAGUAGAGGCAUACAAAGGGAGAUAAAGGAUACAGCUAAAACUGAAUUAUAGGGGCAUACAACACUUCUCCAUUAAACAUCAAAAGAAAUAUUCCUUGAGUUGCUAUAUCAGGAAGAUCUCUAGUAACAGGCCUAUAUAAAAGACAAGUAAACUACAUGUAGGAAUUUAAAAGGUUUUUCAAUAUGUAGCUUUAACAUAUCAUUUGAGUACAUAAUCAGAUAGAGUUUUGAAGAUGGCAGACUAUUACCUGAAGCGGAAUCUACCUGGGACCAAGUUGGAGUAUAUGUCCCUGUCACGGCCAGAUGUCACAACAGAUUAUUUUCUUUCUCGCGUUAAACCAUCCAAAACACCAGCCCGCUUGAGUUACGACAAACCAUAUACCGGGGUGGGUACUUCAUCUUAUCCCAUGACCUUUCCAGGACCAUCGGGUCAUGAUAAAUCGUAUGUUAGCAGGUUCGCUCAAGAUCCGCCAUAUUCCCCGAAAUCAAAAUGGGAGAAAUCUGAGCAAAGUGAUAAGGCAUUUUCGACAUCAAGUUUUGAUAAGCCCUACAGAAGUGAAAGGUUCUACAGGGAGAAAUCUCAUCAUAGUGCAUCAAGCUAUGAUCAAACCUACCCUGGUGCUAAGAGCCGUGAGAAAUCUUACAUUAUCAGUAUAGAAAAAGACCAGCCUUACAGAGGAACAACUAGUCAUGACAAAUCAUACCCUGAAAGAGAUACAAAGGAAAAGUCUUCAUAUUCAAGUAGAGAUGAUGAAAGGCCAUAUUCUGCCAAGGGUAGUGGUGAUAAUACCUUCAGAAGCAGUGACAUUAGACCCUACUCCUCAACUAUUAGUUAUGAUAAGACCUUCUCAAAUAUAAGCAGAGAACUAGAUAGACCAUUCUCAGCCCCAUCUAGUCAGGAUAAAGCAUAUUCAAUCAUAGAUGAUAGACCUUACUCCUCAAUCACUAGUCAUGAUACAGUCUACAAAAUCAGGGAAGAUAGGCCCUGUACAAUGGUUGCCCAAUAUGUCCCUACUAGCUCAAGAAGCUAUAGAAGCACUGAUAAACCUCCUAGCGGAAAAAGCCAUGCUUCCUCUAUAGAUUCCCCAUACACAGGGCAUUAUGUUAGCAAAAGAAAGUUAAAAUCUACAGCCUAUAAAUAUGAGAAGUACAGACAGUCGAAAAGCCUCUCAAGGGAUCAAGCUGGUCGCGUCCCAUUAGAAACAAGCAAAAGUUUAGAUAGUUCUCAGGUGCACUGGGAGAAAUACCUAGGUGUUAGUGAUAAACACGAUGAUGCAAGUACUAAACCAUCUGGUGCAUUGCUAGAACACUCAUCUGCCAUCUUUGAGAAAGCACCUGAGUUCAUAUAUAGUAAAUAUGACUAUUUGAAGCCAGAAAGCACAUACUUAAUGAAUACUCAGAAGUCCAGACAAUUUGAUGCAGACCCAAUUGCAUAUUUAAAUCGCAAGUCUUCUGUAAGGCUUGCUAGCUUGAAAUAUGAAACAGCAGUGAAGUCAUCGAAUGAACCUCAGACUAACAAAUCUUCAAGCAACAAACCCUCAAGAUUCAAGAAACAGAAAGAACCGCUUACGCGUAGUAUGAGCUUACAUAGCAGCGCCUUCUAUUCACUUUCGGGAAGUGCUUCUUCUUAUACAAAAAGGGAGAAGCUGACAUCAUCCUAUAAGGGUUCACUGUCUAGCUACAAACCUACAAAGGAUAGAUCCAUCACUCCAGUCCUAGAGUACCACCAUAGACCAUACAGAGAGAGUUAUAGUCCACCUAAAGAUGUCACCACCAGACAUAGACCAUACCGUGACAGCAAUAGUCCCCCAAAGCAAGAUAUCCUAGGCACCUUGCCAGAUGCCCCAAUUGCACGUGAUGUUGACAAGGUUGCCAGGUAUAAGAGACGCUUUGAACAGAAAGCUAGGGAUCAGCACAAACCACAUACUCAUAAAGAACAACACUUAGACCAUGGUGAGAGAGAAUCAAGGAAAACAACUAGAGACUUCUUACCUAAGAGAGCCAAGAAGCACAAACACAUUGACAAACCGAAUGUACAAAAAGAUGAGAAAGCGGAUCUAGAAAUCAAAACAAUAACAACUAAAGAGCCGAUGGAGGAUGAUAGUUUAGAGAGAAAACUCAAGAGCUACAAAGCCCUAAAGGAAUCAAACUAUGAAGCAAUGGAAGUUGAAAUGAUCAGAACAACAAAAGCAACAAGAACUAAGGUCAUGUUUGAUGAUGAAAGCCUUGAAAGAAAACCGUUUGACUUUAAAGCAUUCAGAGAAACCUCAAUGGAGGAAAUUGAGAUCAAAUCAUACAAGAUGUCCAGCAUUGAGAGGUUUGAAGAUGAUAGUCUUGAGAGGAAGCCUGCCUUUGAUUUCAAGGCACUGAAGGAUGCACUCCUUAGUGAAGAUAUGGAUGAGAUUGGGGUCUUGAAUAAGAUGGAUAUGGACAAGGGUUUCCCUUACAUCAUAACAGCAAAGUAAGUAUUAAAUUAAAAAUGUCAUUGUAUACUAAGUGUGUGUAUCUUUUAUAGGACAGAGGCAUUUUGGCUUUUUAACACAAACGUUUUUUGGAUAUAAAACUUGAAUAUUUUCAUAUUUCAGAUG